AUGUGGCUUUCCAUUGCGACAGCUCUUAUUGCUUUUAUUGUUGUAGCUGUUCUGUUGGGAUCAAGGAAUGCGCCGCAAAUAAACGGUCCAAGAGGGCUUCCGAUCCUUGGACACCUGCGAGAACUGCUGCGACCAGACUUCCACCGAGUCCUCUCUGACUGGGCAGAUGUAUACGGAGGUAUAUACAGAAUCAGUAUCCUGGGACUCCCGGGAGUUGUGGUGUCCGAUCCGCAAGCCAUAGCUCAGGUUCUAGGUCGUGACACGGGCACAGCCGUACCAAAACAUUUGGCCAGCUACCAACAACUCAAUCUUCUAUGGGGCUCUCUUGGACAGCAUUCUAUCUUCACGGGGUCAAACACGGAUCUGUGGAGGGCUGUACGAAAAGCGGUCUCCCCUUGUUUCAGCUCUGCAAAUGUCAGCAAGGCAUGUCCCCAUGCAUUGGAACAUGCUUCCUUCGCAAGAGAUUGCCUCGCGCGCAAUCCAUGGAUUAUCAUCCUCUGUGAUCAGCAGCCAAUUUGUUUUCAUAACUAUAUGGUAAUUCAACAUUGCAAGCGAGAGACUGAGGGCAUGCCUCUGCUGCACCAGGAGAGUCGUGAGGCCAUGGAAUGCGCCAAGCAAUUCAAGGCUGAGUGCAGAACCAUCUUGCAGUUCAUGCGAGCAAGGGGCCCUCCAGAUCAGACAGACAUGUCAGUGGGCGCGCAGUUGCUAAGGGUGCUCAAUCCCGGAACAGGUGGGUUGAAGGCACCAUGUACAAAGAUGCAGGCAUUGAAUGAUCUGUUGAUCUUCUGUGCAGGAAUGCCACUUUCCAAUGCGCAGCUGGUUGCCGAGAUAGGCACUUUCCUGAUGGGAGGUUUUGAGACGACCGCGCACACGCUGUCAUUCACCCUCUUCUGCAUUGCUAAUUCCCCAGAAAUCCAAGACAGGAUCACAGCCGAGCUGAUCAGUGCGGGCCUCCUGGGUGGGAAUGCCUCUCAGCCAGAAGCUAGAAAGCUUCAGUACGAAGACUUACAGGGCCUGACAUACCUUGACAGCGUGCUAAAGGAGUCAAUGCGGAUGUUCCCUGUUGUUGCAGGAUUUCCCAGUGCCGCAUGCAGGAUGUGCGAAAAGCCAACCCAGAUCGGGGAGUUCCUUGUGCCUAAGGGCACAUUCGUGUAUGUGCUCUUUCAUGCCUUACACAACAGCGCGAGGUACUGGAAGGAUCCAGGACAGUUCAGACCUGAUCGCUGGAUGGAGAAGACUGCUGCAUCGAGUUCAGAACAGCCGGGCAAUCACAGUAACUCUGCCAAGCGCUUCCUGCCUUUCAGUGAUGGCCCCCGCAGCUGUGUGGCUCAGGCCAUGGCAAUGAUGGAGCUUAGAACGGCGCUGGUUGUUCUUUGCAUGCGCUUCCAUUUCCGGGCGGCCAGUCAGAUGGGUGGCAUGGAGGGCCUCAAAGCCUCGGAACAGAUGGCUUUGACUUUGCAUGUGCAUGGUGGGGUGCACAUUCACUGCACGUCUCGAGUCUGA